AUAGUUAUCCAGAGCUUUCAUCAACAAAAGAAAACUCUAUUAAUGAUAUUUCUGAAACCGAUGUAUGUCUUUUAUUUCCCAUUGCUGAGAUUACUUAUAAUGGGCCGAUAAAUAAAGGAAAAUUAAUUCUCAGAAAUUUUGUUGAUGCAAAACCUGUGCAAAUUGAGCACUUAAAAUCUCAUCUGGCAUGGGCACUUGAUUCAUAUCAUUCACAAAGAGAGAAUCCAUUUGAAGAUGCAACAAUAUUUGAAUUUCCUAUUAUUGAGACUACCAAUAAAAAUUGCUUAAAAACCCCAAAAGAUCUAAAAGAAUAG